GACGAAAAAAGCCAGAGCUCAUAAUGGCGACAGCUGCGGUGUCUGCCCCUGCUGGCUGCGGCCCCAGCCCCGGGUCGGGAACGGAGCUGGUCCGCGGACAGGCCUUCGACGUCGGGCCUCGGUACAGCAACCUCUCCUACAUUGGAGAGGGAGCCUACGGCAUGGUGUGCUCUGCCUAUGACCGGGACAACAAGAUACGUGUGGCCAUUAAGAAGAUUAGCCCUUUUGAGCACCAGACGUACUGCCAACGCACCCUGAGAGAGAUCAAAAUCCUGCUGCGCUUCAAACAUGAAAACAUCAUCGGCAUCAAUGACAUCAUCCGCACACCAACCAUUGACCAGAUGAAGGACGUAUAUAUUGUCCAGGAUCUCAUGGAGACAGACCUGUACAAGCUCCUGAAGACUCAACACCUGAGCAACGACCACAUCUGCUACUUCCUCUACCAGAUCCUACGAGGGCUCAAGUACAUCCAUUCUGCCAACGUCCUGCAUCGCGACCUAAAGCCCUCCAACCUUCUGCUUAACACCACCUGUGAUCUCAAGAUCUGUGAUUUUGGUUUGGCUCGUGUGGCUGAUCCUGACCAUGAUCACACUGGUUUCCUUACAGAGUAUGUAGCCACCCGUUGGUACAGAGCACCAGAGAUCAUGCUCAACUCCAAGGGCUAUACCAAGUCCAUAGACAUCUGGUCAGUGGGUUGCAUCCUGGCUGAGAUGUUGUCCAACAGGCCAAUCUUUCCCGGGAAGCACUACUUGGAUCAGCUUAACCACAUUUUGGGUAUCCUGGGUUCUCCCUCUCAGGAGGAUCUCAACUGCAUCAUCAACAUUAAGGCCAGGAACUAUCUUUUGUCGCUGCCUUUGCGCUGCAAAGUGCCGUGGAACCGCCUCUUCCCCAACGCUGAUCCCAAAGCUUUGGACCUGCUGGACAAGAUGUUGACCUUUAAUCCUCACAAGAGGAUUGAGGUGGAGGAGGCCCUGGCACACCCUUACCUGGAGCAGUAUUACGACCCCACUGAUGAGCCUGUUGCCGAGGCCCCAUUCAAGUUUGACAUGGAGCUAGAUGACUUACCCAAAGAGACACUAAAGGAGCUCAUCUUUGCAGAAACUGCACGUUUCCAGUCCGGCUUUAGGUCCUAACAUCUCACACAGGUGUUUCUGUUGACGGGCUUCUGCAUUGCCACUGCUCCUCCUCGCCUCCACACUGUUGCUGUGACAUUUUUGUCUUGGUUUUAAUUUGACUAUCCUAUUGUCCACAUCACCUGGAUUCCUUGGGUCUCACUCGUCAAGUCCAAUUUGCUCAGGAAUGGCGUCAGGAAUCAAUCAAUCAAUCAAUCAAUCAAUCAAUCAAUCAUUCUUUUGUCUCCCUUUCUAUUUCUCUUUACCGUCACUAUCUCU